ACAGCUGAGUGAAUCCUUAGUUAUUCGAGUGCUUUAUUUAGGCCCAACAUUUCUGCUCCCUAGGCCUACACCAUGUACAGGGCGAGGCCCAGCGCAGGCACAAGACAGCUCAUCCAGGCAGCAGUGACCCGUUUACAGAGAGCCGUUCAGUCACUCACACAGACACACGCACGCACACACCCUCACACACCUGAAGACACACAGACACACGCACACACACACCCGCACAGCCACUACAACACUGUUCUCCAAAUCUGCAGUUAUCCCAACGCAGAGACAGAGGGGGCACGAUCGGAGGGUGGUGAGAGAGAGGAGAGGGGAGAGAGGGGGGCAGGUAGCCACACUGGACCCCUGCCUCCCCAAUAUGGCAGGCGGGCUGUGAGGGAGCAGGUGCGCGCCUCUAUCCCUGCUGUUACAAUAGGUCUGUUGCUGCUGUUGGUGGGAAGUGCUUUGCUGUUUUGGAAUGAGGGACGUGCGGUACAGACAGCGCAGAGCCUUGACGAGGGCUACAGCGGGAUACAGAGGGUGCUGAGUGCUGCUACAGUGCAUGAAGAGAACAACAAUAAGCUGGUACACGUAUGGGGGCCGCUGUCAGCCACCCCUGUGCUGUCCGACGAGACUUAUGGGGUGGAGAUUCACGCAGUCAAGUUAAAGAGACGAGUCCAGAUGUUCCAAUGGGUCGAAGAGGAGUCAUCGCUUCAGUCUGAGGACACCCCUGGCAUGCCGUCAGACACCACCUACUCCUACUCCUUCGCCUGGAGAGAUAAGGUAGUGGACAGCUCAGCCUUCAGCAUCCCCUGGGGCCACGAUAACCCAAAAACCAUCCCAGUGGAGUCAACAAUCCGAUUGGCCGACACAGUGUCAGUCGGCGCGUACCGAUUGGCCGGUGAGCUGAAGGAGGAAUUUGACGACUUCACGCCCUUCUCUGGGGACGAGCAGCCUAACGAGGGGGAGGUGAAGCUGCACGGGGGGAUGUACUACCUAACGAGGGACAUCUACAACCCUGAUAUUGGCGAUUUAAGGAUCCAGUUCUAUUUUGCUGGCAAGGCUGGAGAAAUGGUAUCAGUGGUGGGGCAGCAACGCGGGGACACCCUUCACCCCUACCCGACCUCCACCGGCCAGGAACUCCUUAUCGUGCGCACUGGUAAACUAUCUGUAGAAGAAAUGUUUUCCUCAGAGCACGCCAUUAAUAGGGGCCUGACGUGGGGGAUGAGGAUGGCUGGCUGGUUCCUCCUCUUCCUGGGCCUCUCCUGUCUCUCUCAUAUUGUGCACACGCUGGUUUCCAGCUCUGCAUUGAUGCGUGACGUGGUGGCGCUGGGCUUAGGAUCCGCGAACCUCACCAUUAGCAUGACCACGUCCCUGGUGAUCGUCGGCGGAGCUUGGGCCAUCUACCGCCCUGGCCUGGCUCUACUCAUUCUUAUUGUCGCCUUUCUCCCCUUCAUCAGAGCCGCAGCUAAGCAUGGGCCGCGUCAGGGAGGGGCUAGGGGCGCGGCAGGGGUGGCUAGGGGGUCACAGAAUAGGGGUGAUAAACGGGCGGCUUAGAGAGGGGGAGAGGGAGGGAGAUAGGGAGAAAGAGAAAAUGGAUGAUUCGGGGUUUGUGAGAGAGCACGUUUGUUUUUGUAUGGGUGACUUAAGGAUUUAUUUAUUUAUUUAUUUAUUUAUUUAUUUAUUUAUUUAUUUAUUUAUUUAUUUAUUUUGUGUUAUGAGGAAAGUAAUAUUGCUUGUUUAUUUAUUUAUUUAUUUUGUUGUGAGGAAAGUAAUAUUGCUUGUUUAUUUAUUUAUUUAUCUAUUUUUUUGUGUUAUGAGGAAAGUAAUAUUGCUUGUUUAUUUAUUUAUUUAUUUUGUUUAUACGAGAGAAGUGUAUCUUGCGUGUUCGUGUGAAUUUUUUUUUCUUUUUAGUGAGAAUUGUUUAGUUUGUUUUUUCUUCGAUAAUUAUGUUUUUGUGUGUUUUUUUGCGUAAAUGUGUGUGUGUGUGUGUGUGAUUGAGAGAUGUUUGUUUGUGUGUAUGUGCGUGAGAAAGAGAUGCUUGUGUUUGUUCGUGUUUGAGAGAGAGAGAGAGUGAGAGUAGGAAGUUAUUGUGUGUGUGUGUGUGUGUGUGUGUGUGUGUGUGUGUGUGAGUGAAAGAUAAUAUAAAAUAAUUAAGAUUUUAGGAAUAAGAAAAUAAUAGGAUGUAGUUUUAUUUAUUUAUUUAUGUAGUUUGUUAGUUCGAUAGUUGGUUAGCGCAAUAAUGAAUGUAAGAUAUAAUAUUAAGGAUCUUUACAGCAUUCAUAAUAAUAAUAAUAAUAAUAAUAAUAAUAAUAACUUUUCUCUGUAUUUUUAAAGAGACAUUUUGUAUAAGAGAAUAAAUAAUAAUAAUAAUAAUAAUAAUAAUAAUAAUAAUUCAGUAUUACCAUUUUUUUAUCUAUUUAUUUAUUUAUUUUUAUUUUACAAUUAUUAAUGUUUCGCCAUACGUAUUAUUAGUGAAUUACAUAGUUCUGUACAUGAUAUAUAUUGUUUUUAGGUAAAGUUACGUAUGCUAACAUAAUUUGCAUACAUAUUUUGAUCAUUCACCUUGUACGUAUUUUUAUUAUUAUUAUUAUUAUUAUUAUUAUUAUUAUUAUUAUUAUUAUUAUUAUUAUUAUUUCCUAUUUAUUUAUUCACUAUUAUUUAUUUAUUAUCUUCCUAAUACACUAUUUUUUUGCAUAUUUGAAUCAUACUUACAUGCGAUGAGUCAGUAUGUCUGUAUGUAUGUAUGUCUCGUUUAUUUAAUCUCAAUUAUUUAAUUUUAGUACUUAAUUUAUUUCUCGUACUUACAAUAUACUAAUUAAUUUAUCUCUUUUUAUUAAUGUAUUUGUCUUCUAUAUAUAUUUGUAGCUCAUUUGCCUUUCAUCUUAAUGUUAUUGUCGUACACUCGCCAAGAAAUGAAAACUAUCGUACAUGAACCGGUGAUUAUUGUACUUGACUAAUUAAUGUACUUAUUUUAUGAGUUAAUUUAUUUAUUUGUGUUUUUGUAAUAUAUAUAUUUGUAGUUCAUUUGCCUUUCAUUAUCGUACACUCGCCAAGAAAUGAAAACUAUCGUACAUGAACUUAUAAUUAAUGUACUUUAGUAAUUAAUGUACCUAUUUUAUGAGUUUAUUUACUUAUUUAACGUAUAUAUAUUUGUAAUUUAUUUGCCUUCUAUCUAUUAUUAUUAUUAUCGCACAUUUCCUCAAAACUGAAAAAUAUCGUACAUGAAAUUAUAAUUAUUGUACUUUACUAAUUAAUCUACCUAUUUUAUGAGUUUAUUUAUUUAUUUAACUUGUAUAUAUUUGUAGUUCAUUUGCCUUCCAACAAUUAUUAAUAUUAUCGCACACUCGCCAAAA